UGGGAUGUUUGUUUUGGUUUGAAACAAAAACUACUGCUCAUUACGUUUAUUAAUUUAUCUUUAUUUUAAUCUAAUUCGGUUCAAGAUUUUAUUGGUUAACAAAAAUUGUUAAAAUGUCCACAAAACAUCCAAAAUGUUUGCUCUGUAGUAGAGCAUCGGAAAAUUUUCUUCGCGUAACGGAUAACAGUAAUGGAGAGAACGUAGAAGUUGUGCUGUUGAAACACUUUUCUUUCCAGGACACCGAUUUUUGGAAUGAAGUUGUUUGCUCCGUUUGUUGGAAAAAGAUUGUCGACUUUCACGAGUUAUUUUGUGAGGUGGAAAAAAGAUGGACCCAUGGCCGAUUUCGGUGCGAACUGUGCGUAAAUUCGAAGGCAUUCAACAGCGACGGUGAUCUGCAGAUACAUAAUCUUAUGCACCAUUCGCAGCAGGAGACGACGACUUUGAACUGCGAUCAAUGCGAAAAGUCGUUCGCUACCGAGUGGCAGCUUUCCAGUCACAAAACCUGGCAUCAGGAGGUAUUGAGCUUGAACAUUUAUUGUGAUGUUUGUCACAGGCAGUUUGCAUCAAUGCACACACGAAAUGCUCACAUGAGAAAGCAUCAUUCCGAUUACUCGAUAGCAAACAUAGCGAAUGCUUCGUUAGAACCGAUAAGCGUUGCAGACAGUCAGUUUACUAUCACGGAACUAACAGCAGAAGAGCCAAGUCCAAAGAAAGCAAAAUCGUCGGAGACGAAAGCCAGUGAGGAUGAGCUGAUACGACAGUUUUGCAAUCUGGCUUGCCAGCAGUGUGAGUACACAGGGGAGAAUCUCUAUCAGCUGCUGAAACAUUACCAAAGCGAACACAACACGCGUGGCUACGCGGAAUGCUGUGGACUGAAGUUCACGAAAAAGCCCCGCCUCUAUGACCACUGCCAGUUGCACAUUAAUCCGGACAUGUUUCGCUGUGAGCCGUGCAACAAAUCAUUCGCCCAAAGUGAAGGCUUGGAGCAGCACAACCAGUGGGUGCACACGCCAGACUCGGAGAAGCCCUUCAAGUGUAACAUCUGCGAGGCUGCGUUCUGUAAAAACUACCAGCUUAGCUACCACAUGAAACGGCAUGUGGCAAAAGAGCAGAAGAUUUUCCAUUGUGACGAAUGUAACAAAUCUUUUAGUAACUCGCUGCUACUUCGAGCGCAUCAGCAGAAGCACCAUGGAGCAUCGAGCAACUGGGUAUGUGAUGUAUGCGCCAAAGGAUUCGUGCAUAAAGCACUGCUGGAAAAGCACCGCCUGUCGCACACGGCUGAGGGUGCAGCCAGCUUAAUGCGUCAAUGCACCCAUUGCAGUAAGUGGCUCAAGAACAAAGAUACUUAUCAGAGUCAUAUCAAACGCUGUCUGGCCAGUGGGCCGGUUACGUGUGAUGUGUGUGGAAAAUCAUUUUCCCACGAGCCUGGCUUGAUGCAGCACAAGCGAGUGAUGCACAUGCGCGAGCGCCCUCUAAUGGCGUGCCACUAUUGUGAGAAAACGUUCAAAGAAAUUCGACGUCUCAAAGAGCACGAAGCCAAUCAUCGGGGCGUCGUGCUGUACAGCUGCCCGUACUGUCCGAAAACGAGCAAUUCCAGUUCCACCAUGCAUAAUCACAAGAAGACGGCACACGCGGAACAGUGGGCUGCCAAGAAGGAGGCACAGCUUUGCGCGCAAUAA